UUUACUAUUUUAAAGAUUAUCCCUUAGAAAAAGAUUAGUUUUUUCUACUUGAUUUCCUUUUUACUAAUAGAUUAUCUCCUCUUCUCGCUGCUUAUAUGAUUUGUACCCUCUCUAACUUGCUUCUUCUCUGUCUCCUUCAACCUCUCUGCUCCAACACUGUCUCUCUCUCUCUCUCUCUCUUGAUUAAAAGUGAUCCACCAGAGUUAAUUAUGAGUAUCACGGCCUUGCUUGUUCUCAAGUGCACUCCCGAUACUCCAAACCCAGUUAUCCUCGCUCACGCAUUCGACUUCUCUGGAUUCAACUAUUUCUACCACCCUAACAUCUCAGAGUUCGUUCGCUUCUUCGGUAGUACUGUCGCUGGCCGAACCCUUCCUUCUCAGCGCCAAUCUGUUAAACACAAAGACGAAGUAGUGCAUUCUUACAACAGAAACGGCCUAUGCGCCGUGGGAUUCAUGGACGACCGUUAUCCUGUUCGAAGUGCUUUUUCUCUUCUCGAUCAGGUUCUUGAUGAGUACCAAAAGAUAUUUGGUGAGACAUGGAGGUCAGCAAAAGAAGUCUCUAAGCAGAAGUGGCCAUACUUAGUAGAAGCUUUAGAAAAAUUUAAGGACCCGGCUGAAGCUGAUAAGCUGUUGAAAAUACAGAUGGAGCUGGAUGAGAGCAGUAUUAUAUUUCAUAAAACCAUUGAUGGUCUCCUAGCCCGAGGUGAAAAGCUGGACAGUUUAGUGGAGAAGAGUUCAGAUUUAAACAAGGCAUCAAAGAUGUUUUACAAGCGAGCGAGGAAAACAAACACAUGCUGUACAAUUCUCUGAAGCUGCAAUGCAACUCUUGGAUCUCCCUAUCUGCUAUAUAGAAUAGGGAAAUGUGCAUUUACAUAAUAACUUAUACGACAAGGAAGAAGCUGUUCCCUGUCGGUUAUGAGAAUUUCAUAAGACAAGGAUAACGUGUUAUGGAAGAUAUGGACAAUCUAUGAUUUACUGUUCUCAGUGUUAAUUUAGUUUCUGUUUUCUUUUGUUAUGUGGCUAA